UUAUUCCGGCUAUGAAAUGGGAUUAUCCGGAAUGUAUAAAGAAACGCAGCCUAUAUGUCGUGCGUACAAGCAUGCAUUUUUCCAUAUUUUGCAUUAAUGAAAAAUAAGCCUUGGUAAGACGGAUAGCUUUUCGUAAGGCAAACAGCAGGGUCACUAAAUCUAAAAUGGUUUUUAAGAGCAUCGAAGCUGAUAGCUAACUGAGUUAAACGCUUUGGAGAGGUCCAAAAGGCAUAAUGGUGUCGAGUGGGUUUUUUUCACGAUGUCAUUGAAACAUUUGACCGAGUAGCUUUUGGACAGAUAAGUAAUAUUGCUGCCUCUAAUUUAUCUACGUUGUUCCUGCAACUGACAGUCGAGGAUAUGGGUAUUUGUGUACCAUUAAAUCAGCCGGCAAACCCCUGGAAUACACGAACUUUUCACGACUUCGAAAGCAAAGGCGCUGUCGUCAUAACAUUGGAGAACACAAUCAUAUCUGCUUGCAAUUCCGGUUCAUUGGUAUCCAAAGGCAAGUUUCAGGGCUUGUGCCUUAGGUUUGCUGACGAUUUCGAAACAACCCUCGAUGAUUGGAAACCUAAUGCUAAUGAACCUAUAAUGAACGUGUGCGUCGUUUCUGAAGGGACGUAUGAGGUGUGCUCUCGUACCACUGCUGCUAAGAAACUGGAAAAUGCCAAAUGGUUACUAAAUGUUAAGUGGCAAAUGGAAGGUGUUGAUAUACACCUCGAUAUAAAUAUAGGGAAACAACUUUCCUCACUCGGUCACACGCUUACGAUGUUGACCGGCUUUGAGGAAGAAGAUACAAACAUGGAAUCCCCGGACAGCGAUGAGGGUGAUCACAGUUGUCGGGAUACCUAUGUGCGCCGGCGGGAAUUUGAUAAUCUGCCAUCGUUCGUGUUCGAUCCGACUAUCGAUUCGAAGAAGCGGUCUUUCAUGAUGGAAAAAGAAAUGGCGGAGCAACUGAAAAUUAUCAAUGAUUUGCGCACGCUUGGUGCCUCACACAAUACCGUGGCACAUGAAGAGCGUCGGUUGCAAGAACUGCAGGCGAUUUGUUACAAAUAUUUCCGACGCGAUAUGAUUCAGAAAUGGAAGCGCCCCUCUAUGCGUCGUUCAAUGAAGACUUCAAGUCGCUCUUAUUCCUUUAUUGGCGCCUCAGGAAAUCGCGAGCCGGCCGAUGAUACCCUGAUGCCUGGACCAUAUAGCGGUCGUCGUUUAGAUCCCAUAGCAUCUAAUGAUGAAAUUUCCAGUUUGCAAAGCACGCCAGUUUCCGGACAUUCAAGAAGUGCUUCGUUGAAAACAUGCCCUACCAAUCGAGUAACCUUCUCCGAAUCCAUGCGCCAGACCUCACUGCCAAAUGCUGACACGGACAGUGAAGAUGUUGAUUGGCGCACACAAGAAUGUCACGGCGAAUCGACGCCAAGUGAAAUAGACAUAGAUGGCACUUCGGUAGAAAUGCGUAAAAAGCAUGGCUACCAACAAAAACAACAAGAACCCAAUAUAGAUUUUGAGCUAGAUAUUAAAGCGCUAGUCAAUUCUGGCAAAUGUGUCCUCCACACCAAAGAGUCCGCCGAAGAUCGUUUGAUUUUAAGUGGUCCGACAGCAGUGAAGACACAUAAACGAGAGCGCAGCCUGGGCAACGACUGGGGCAGUCCGACGCCAUCACGGCGGCAGCGCGAUAAAAGCAAGUUACGUUAUAACACCUCGAGUAACGCAAUGUUAUCUGAUCUCACCAUAUUCCACAUUCCCGGAUUGGAUGUCAAACUGCACUAUCAGUCCCGUACCAUAGUUGAUUUGUCAGAGCAUUCUCGCAGCAUGAGCUGCGAAAGUCAUCAUACAACGCGCCGGAUCGGCAGCAAACGGGCUUCGUUGUUCGCCUGGAUGACAUUGCAGAGUAUACCAGAAGAAACUAUAAUAUCGCCACAUAUAUUGGAAUUCUUAGAGCAAACCUUGGAACCUAUACCUACCAAAACUCCUAACUAUACUGGCGCGACUAUAGCAAACCCAGUAAACUUGGAUAUUCUGCCUACAAAUUACGUCACCUAUGCUUCUUUUCCAGUAGAUGUUAUUGUCUACUUCCACAUGCAACCAUCGACUUUCCGCUUCUCUUGCUUGCCCGUGUCGCGUGUGGAAUGCAUGCUACAGUUGCCAAGUUUAGAUAUAGUAUUCAGCUCCAAACGUUCGAGCGAUGAAGAUCCAGGUCAGCAGGAACAUGCUUUGGAUAAAACCUCAACUGAAAAAGAUAAAAUGCCUGCUGGUGGCCUAAGUAUUACUGGCUGUUUGGCGGAUUUUAAUGUUUAUAUCUUCCACCCAUACGGCGGCAAGAAAAGCAAUGUCAAAGAAGCACAAUUCUCGCCUCUCUCUGAUAGUGAACGUAAAGAUUCAUUGAGCAUAAAUGUAGAAUUUGUAAAAUUUCAAUUGACCCGUUGCCGCAAAAUAUACGUUGAGCCAGCUGUUAUGAGUAAACGUGUAAUGGAUAACUCGCUCGCCGUCAUACGUUUUUCAACUAUUGUUGACAUCGGCAGUGCUUCUUUCAAGUACGAUAUGCGCCGUUUAACCGAAAUCUUAGCUUUUCCGAAGGCUUGGUAUCGACGUCGCAUAGUGCGUCGAUUAUUCCUUGGCGAUUUGAGCAUGCAACACAUGGCCGGCACAGAGCCUGUCACACCAACUGGUAUGCCAUCUACGCCUAAAGAUGCCAACGGCAACAGUGGCGCUUGUAAGAUACCCGGUUACGAAUAUGCCAGGUCACCUUCGGAUGCAUUCUAUAGCAAAGGCAAAAUGCGGCUUGACUUCGAUUCCCAAUCGUCUACUCCACAGCAGCCAGCACAUUCUGGUUCCGUGCGUAAACUACGUUCAUUGGAAAAAUCAUCAAGUGCAGAAUCAUCAAGCACACCUUCUGAGAAAAAUCAAAUUACUGCUUGGGAAACACUAGUUCUAUUCGCUAUAAAUUUUACUAAAUUGAAUGUACAGAUGAAUAUGGGUAAUGUAAUGGGAAAUGUGGUGUGGUUAACUAAGGACUUCCAGUCAGAUGGCAGGCUCUCUAUUGGCAGCACUGGCUAUAAAAAUAUGUACAUUGGCAUAUAUUUGGGUGGCUCUUCACUGGACGCUAAAGGUGGCAUCGUCGGUGGUAGCUUUGAAGUGAAUAAAAUCAAUACUCGUUUCCACAUUAAGGAAGAAUCUGGCGUGGAGCCCUACCACACCAUACGUUUGAGUUUUGUGGCUUUGGAGCUACGACUAGACUACAUGGGCACAUCGGUAUUGAUGACGCGUAUUAGUUCAUUUUCGGCCGCGAUGAAAGACGAAUGGAAGACGUCAAUAAAUACGCUGUCUACUACAGAUUAUGGUGGAAGUAUGGCCACAGUGGGUGGAUAUACCACCAAACCUCGAGCUAUCAUUUUCAUACACGGUGAUCUAUCUUGGGAUCAGCUUCAAAUAAUGAUAUCAAAAUCUACUACAGCUGAUUUGCUAAAAAUGUAUUACAAACUGGAAGAAUUCUUCACUCAGCAAUUCAAGUCCUCGAAGCGUGUAUUUUCCAGCCUUGAGCCGCGUUUGCAUGAGCGCAAUGCUAGCAUGAAGCGCAGACAGAAUCGUGACAAGAAGAAAACCUCAACAAAUGGAGGUGCUGAUGCGGCAACUAAUAUACCCGACCUCAGUAAUACCGACGCUCGCCAUCAUCGUCACUGGCAGAAACCAUUGGAACAGGCUAUCGGCUUAGUAGUACCUACUCUGGUGACACGGCUACCACGCAAUGGCAAUGUCCUCGGUGGCACUGUGGAGCUGCAUGGUAAUAACAUUUCUUUGGCUUGCUUCCAUGGUAUCAACUUCAAGUCAAAAUCUUGGGCUUUGUUCAGUUUAAAAUCCCCCUCUAUAAAUUUUGCUACUGAAGCGCAUCAAGCGCAGGAUACACAUGAUGUGUUUGUAACGCAGACGCUGACGUCUUGCUUGGGGCAGUCGACGGAGGUGCAACAGCAAAAUCACUCCAUGGCUAUAGUUAGCAGAAUUACACGCAAUAUAAUCUUUCCACCGCAGUUCAAAGCACUUAAUGAGUGGUUCCACUAUGCAUUCGCUAAUAGCGAAAUUGAUUCAGUGGAUCGUUUUCCCACAUUGGAGCGUGAUCGUGAGAUUGCUUCAAAUUCCAUAGAACGUAGUCGUGCCGCAGGCGCGAGUGCAAGCAGUUCCUCGAAAACGCAGGAACACAAUCACAACCGUGAGGUGAUCUUUGCGCUGCCAAGUUUACAGCUGAAUUUCAAGACCGAACACAGACAAGGCGCAACCACACCAGAACCAAAAGAAAUUAAGCCUGAGGUACUCUGUAGUUUUAUAACAGAGUUUGAUGAUCACAUCUUUGUGACCGUUGAUGCUGAUGCAUUUUUCUUCCUGCACGAUUUGAUCACAUCGUAUGUUAAGGAGAAGGAGAAAAUUAUCGGUACCCAAUCGACACGUGCCGCUUCGCCAAAUCUAUCACAGAACUUAAAGGGUCAAGUGAAGACCUACGUCACCGACGAAAUACACAAAGAUACAAAUAAAGCAUCGUUCGGUGGUAUGAAUUCCGGUAGCGGUAAUGGCACUACGUCCAUCAAUGUUUCGAGCACUACAUCACACCAGAGCAGCAUGCAUGUCGUUAGUCACAGUAAAACGGAUGUUACCGCAGCUUUUUGUGUUGACAAUAGAGACGUCACUACUUUAGCAUCGUCAUUAACAUCAACAGCGGCAGCAGUAGCUAGUUUGACUUCGACCACUGCCAGCACGGUAACGAGUGAAUCGGCCAGUGGCGGAUCCAAAAAUGAAAAUCCUAUAGAUUUAGAGUCAUUUGUACGCGAUUGGCGUCGUUUCGAAUGUCAGACUUGGCAUUUAGAACCAACUGUGCGACUGCUCUCUUGGGCAGGAAAAUCUAUUGAGCCAUAUGGCAUUGAUUACAUAUUGAAUAAGCUUGGUUUUGCUCAUGCUCGUACAACUAUACCAAAGUGGCUGCAACGUGGCUUUAUGGAUCCGCUAGAUAAAGUGCAAGCGCUAAUGAUGUUGCAGCUGCUGACGAUGGUGCGGGAAAAUAAAGUCGAAAAUGCGUCAAAAUCGGACUAGGCGAAUUAGUUGCAGUCUAGUUCAAACCUAAUUUUAGUACUAUUUUUAGCAAAUAAGUUAUGAACGGAUGGUCGUAGAACGGUAUAAUACGAUUUCAUUAGUCUUGAAUGCCUUGUGUGAUGAAGUUUUUGUAAAAAUUUAUAAAUGACUUUCACGAUUUCGUAAAUUUUUUUUAAUGUAAAUUAUGCAAUACUCGAAGUAUUAUUGAAAGUGUAAUAUGUUUAAAUAUAACCCAAGGCGUAUGCCUUGACAUAACCUA